AUGGUCUGCCACAGCAAGGACGAUCAGCAGCCCGUCCUUUCUCCCUCGGCGACCCUCGCCGCCGACCUUGGACUGGGGACCCUAGCCACGGGUCCCGAAUGGACGGGAGAUUCCAGCAGCGCUGGAGUGAAUGACGACUCCGGCAGCGCUGGACAGGCGGGAGACUCCGGCAUCGCCGGAGUGAAGGACGAUUCCGGCAUCGCCGGCGUGACAGGCGGCUCUGGCAGCUCCUGGCUGACUGACGGCUCUGGCAGCUCCUGGCUGACUGACAGCUCUGGACAGACGGGAGACUCUGGCAGCACUGGGCAGGAGGAAGGCUCUGGCAGCGCUGGACAGGCGGGAACACCUGUAGAGAGAAGACGGAGAGACAGCCUGGUGCGGGGGCCUGCCAUCGGAGAGCUGGUGCGUGGAGGUGGCACCGGAUAG